CACUAGUGCGUGUGUGUCCCUAAAUUCUUUUCCUCAACGGUCGCUAGGAUAGUGGGCUCAACGAUCUGUCGGUGCCAGGCGUCUGGAUGCGCGCCGUAAUAUGCGGGAAUCGAGGAGGCUGCCGUCUUCCUCCCGGUGCUGUCAGGCCGGUUGCACCCCACUAGGGAAGCCUCCCGUCUCCGCUGCGUUUCGUUGAUUUUUAAGGCGCCUAAAAAAUCGUUUGCUCUGGGGUUCCUUGAGCCGUACGUACGCCGUGCUGAGCAUCACCCGCACCGCAUCCGCUUCUUACUCCUUGAAGCCGUCGGCCGGGUCGUAGAGUCGUUCUUGCUGCAUCUCGCGAGACGUGCAAGCAAAACUAUCUGAGGAGUGUCCUCGCGUCGUCGUGCCACCGUGUCCUCGUGCCACCGUGUCCUCGUGCCACCGUGUCCUCGUGCCACCGUGUCCUCGUGCCACCGUGUCCUCGUGCCCCCCCUUUGUCGGGCGUCUGCGUGUAGCAGCGGGACGUCACGAUAGGCGAAUCAUUUCCGUGGGGCCCGGCGAUGGGGCAGCAGCACGACUACCAGUACAAGCACUUUAAAGCCACGGUGCCCGAGCGCCAGAUCUCCGUCGGCGCAGGGAACCAGCUGCGCUGGCGCUACUACGACUUCGGCCCGCGGGCCAUCCCGCCGCUGCUGUGUCUGGGCGGCGUGGCGGCGACCGCGGACGCGUUCCACAAGCAGGUGCUGGCGCUCGCCGCCAAGGGCUUCCGCGUGAUCGCCGCGGACCCCCCGCCCGUGUGGUCGCACCAACAGUGGGUCAAAGCCGUCGACCAGUUCCUUGACGCGCUGAGGGUGCACCAGGUGCAUCUGUACGGCACGUCGCUGGGCGGGUUUCUGUUCCAGCUGUACGCGUACCACCGGCCGCGCAGGGUGCUGUCGCUGGUGCUGUCCAACGCCUUCUUCGACACCCACUUCUUCAACGUCGCCUUCGGCUCCUGGUCCUCCAUGUUCUCUUACGCGCCUGACUUUGUGCUGAAGCGCGUGGUGCUGUCAGGUCUGCGUGACGGCCCGCAUGAGCCGCUGAUAGCGGACUCCAUCGACUUUGUCGUAUCGCGCCUGGACGCCCUCGCGCGCUCCGACCUGGCGUCGCGCCUCACGCUCAACACGCUGCCCGUGGUGCUGCCGCCGCUGCAGCAGCUGCCCGAGCAGAGCAUUACUCUCAUGGACUGCAACGACUUUGCCGCCGUCGCUUGGCAACUGCGGGACGCGCUGUACACUCGCUAUCCGAACGCCACGCGUGCGUUCCUCAAGAGUGGCGGCGACUUCCCCUUCCUGUCGCGCGCGGACGAGGUGAACCUGCACCUCUUCCUGCACCUCAGGCGCGUCGACGCCGAGCGAGAGCCCGGCCACAGCGACACUCUCGCGCCAGCCCCGUCGAAACCACCGCCUGCUGCUGCUGCCACCGCUGCUGCUGCUCCUGCUGGCUCUGCUGAUUCUGCAGCUUCUACUUCCCCUUCUGUUGAGGCUACGGCCCUUGGCUUGGACCCUUCUCUCGCUCCCGGCUCUUUCGCUUCGGUCGCUUCUGCCUUCUCGUCUCCUAUCCCUUCAACAUCCACCUCUUCCCCUCUCACCUCUCACGCCGUGCCCUCCUCUUCAACCCCUUCCUCCUCGCUUCUCACCACUCCUGGUCCCCUGCAAGACCAAGCCUCGCUGCUAGCUCCGGCCAACCCCCUCGAUCCUCUUUCUCCCCCGCUUGCUGAUUCCGAUCCUCUUGGCUUGGCUUGGCAAGGCUCGCCGCUGCAGCCACCACCGCCACUGGUCCCCGCACCAGAAGCCGGGAUCAGUAGUAGCUUAACAGGGGGCGAGAAGCCUGCGGCCACUGCAGCUGCUGCUUCUGCUUCCGUGGCUGCUGCUACUGCUCUCACUGCCGCCGCGGCAAUGCUGACUGUACCUCCAGUAUAUGAUGUCGCAGGGUCUGGAGACACAAGUGCAUUGCUCACAGUGGGCCUAGACAUGAUGGUGGGUUCUGAUGCCUCCCGCUAUCUUAGUGGGACAGCAGCGGAGAUAGGAGCAGGAGCAGGAGCAGGAGGGGCAGGAGCAGAAGUGGGAGAGGCAGUGAGAGCAGUGAGUGUUAGCAGUAGUGAUGUAACCGCGGGAGAGGAGGACGGGGAGGAGGUGACAAGUACAGCAGCGCAGGCACUGGAAGGGGCGGAAGGAGAGGUGCUUUCCAGGGAAGGUACCACUGGGGGACCUCUUGGGGGGUGCGCAGAGGAGGGGAGUGCAAGGGGUGGAGGGGAGGCGGAAGGGGAGGGCGAGGAGGGGAACGAGAGUGAGGAGGAGGAUUCAGAAGCAGCUGAUUUCCGGAGCCAAGCCAGCAAUUGGCUGCGGUUUGUGGAGCCGGAACAUUACGGGGGGGAGGAGGCGGAGGUGGAGGAGGAGGGGCGAAGGAGGGGGGGAGCAGAGGGGCUAGAGGGAGGAGAGGGGGACGAUGGUGAUGGAGUGGAGGACGUAUCGGGUGGGGUGGAACGCCUAGCGGUAGGGGACAGCCCUUUGGGGUGAAAGGGGCAGGGAUGAAUGAGAAUGGGGCUGUGGCAUAGCAUGCGGAUGCACCUGGGAUGGGUUGGGUUGUAUGGGACAUGUGCGUAGGUGAAUGGACUUGAUUAAGGGUAGGAGUGAUGGGAUGAUGGGAUUUUAUGAAAGGAUCGGGUGUUGUGCGUGAUGCUGGAUGUGCCGGGCUGCGGUUGUGGCAUGGUUGUGUUGGGUGGUGCUCAAAAGUGAGGGGAGGGAUGAGUAGCGUAGCGCUGUGCAGCUAGAUAGCAUGGUAGAAGGGAAGGUGGAUGCAACAUGCAGCUGUGGUGUAGGUGGUCUCUGGUCAGCCAGGCUGGCUGGCUAGAAGAAUGUGCAGCAUAGCAUGCACCCACGCAUGGUGUGCAUGUGUGCACCCCGGCAGCACCAAUAGUAUGCAUUGCAUGUGUUCAUGGCAUAGCAUGCACCUGUUUGCACCCAUAGCAUGCGCCCGUAUGCACCCGUAGCAUGCAGUAGGAUGUGGAUAGGGAGGUGGGGGAACGGAUGGGCUAUGUUGUCUGCGGUGCUAGGGGGAAAUGUACACACCCUGAGUUUCAAUGUGAACUAGUUUCAUGUGUAGUAC